UGUCAGUGUUCUCUCAGCAGUGGGGAGGGACGGACGCUUGACUCGGCUGCGGACCCUUCCCUCCGCCCUUCCCGUCACCCCCUCACUGGAGACGUGUCGCUGCUUCAAUCAGUGAUAAGCGUGAUGACGUGCUUCACUAUGUAUACUGUUAUCAUCACAUGACACACAGAGUGGCGGCUGUGCAAGUGUGCCGUGUGUGUGUUUGUGUGGCGCCUUGGUACGUACUCAGACGCACGGGGUACUGUAGGUACAGGUGCACGCAGGUACUUGUUACACCUGGAUGACGCCCCACGUGCCCACAGGUGUCUAGUACCUCAGUAGCCGCCUCGCAGCACAGGUGUUGGCCAGGUGUUGAAAGACUCUUAGUGUGCAGUGUCCCACGAGUGUGAUGGGCGGCAGGACCGCGGCCACGGAGGCUAUUCAGGGAGGUCGUGUGCCUGGCGACGCCCCGACACGCGCCUCGUAGCCUCCGCCGCCAUGUUGAGUGUGGGAGGGCUGCCCGAGCUGGCACCUCCUGGGGCGCACCGCCGGUCCAAGAGUGACUGCCGCCUGGACAAGCCAGACAAGGUGAACGAUGCCGUGCCCCUCGCCCUCAGCCCGCGCAGUCUGUCUCCCUCCGCCUUCAAUGACCACUCCCAAUCCCGCACGCGCCCCUCCUCGCCCGCCCUGAUGCGCUCUCCGUCCACCUCCUCCAUCCCGGAGAUAUUUAUCAGCGGCGAGGACGAGCAUGGCUCGGCCAUGUCCCCAGUCACGCGCCUCGCCGUCUUCUCCCUCGCGGACUUCCUCGAGACGGUCACACUGCACCCUCAGUCCCGCAGGCACCAGCUGCACCACCACCAACAACAACAACAACAACAACGGAAGAAGUGCGGCACCGGUGAUGUGGGCGGCAGCGGUCACGGCAGCGGGCGCAGGCGGUCUCCGCUCGCUGCCCGCAAGUCUACGCCCGCCUCGGGGGGACCUGGGGGCGGAGAGGUGAGCACCGCCACCCCCGCCGGGAACAGUGUAGGGGGUGGAGGCGCUGGCGGGGCGGCGGGGCAAGCGGCUCCCCACCAGAGGACCACGAGUGGGGGCCAGACGGGGCGGCUCUCCAAUGCGGCCUCUCACUUCGAUGACACGGGGGUGCACUCCUCCACGGAAGACUGCGAUGCGCAGGAGACGGUGCCCUCCUCAGGGGUGUCCAAUGGGUCAGGCGAGCUGGUGGAUGCCCUCCGCUGUGUCACUGACGGCGGGGGAGGAGGGGCGGGGCUGGACGAUAGUGAGGACCAGCUGCCUCACCUCCAGCGUACUAGAGAGGCCGUGGAGCACAUCCAGAGCAAGAUACAGAAGACUAAAGACUUGAUUAAGGAGGAGCAGAAGGCGAGGGACGAAAAUGUGAAUGAAUACUUGAAGCUUGCUGCAAAUGCUGACCGGCAGCAGAUGACGAGGAUCAAGGCGGUGUUUGAGAAGAAGAACCAGAAGUCAGCUGCCUUGAUACUCCAGCUGCAGAAGAAGCUGGAGAAUUACCAGAAAAGGUUACGAGAAAUUGAGACGCACGGACUGAAUGCAGCGCACAGACAGCCCAAGGAGGUGCUGAGGGACAUGGGCCAGGGACUCAAGACGGUGAUUAGUAAGCCAAAGGAGAUAGCACACCUGAUCAAAAACAAAUUUGGGUCUGCUGACAAUAUCAAGGAGUUAGCCGGAGAGGAGGAUCGAGAUGAGGAACGGGCACACCAUGGGUCAGCCACCCUGCCUGUGGGGGCCAGCCUGGUGCCCCCCACCUCCUCUAACACAGGGGCUGCCCUCCCAAGUCACCAGCAAAGCACGGCGGGCCAGGGGGCCGGCGGCAGCAGCAGUGGCGGCGGCCACCACGGCAGCAAGAUUGGGUCUGAGGAAGGGUCAGAGUGCAACUCGUCCAUUACCAGCGAGAGUGUCCCAGGCGGCAGCACCACCCUGGCACACCUCACCUCCCCCAGGAACCACCACAGCCAGCUGACGGGCGUCGACUAUUUUGGUCAGGCGGGAGGAAUGUCGGUGGAGCAACUUCUCAUGGAGCUGAGGGAAAGCAGAGAGGAGAUAGCCAGACUAAGAGAGGAAAUAGACUCCACUAAACUGGCCCUGGCUGCUGAGUUGAAUGGCAUGCGGGAGGGUUUGGCCGAGGAGCGCUUCAGGUGUGAGCGGUUGGAGGAGCAGGUCAAUGACUUGACGGAACUACACCAGAACGAGAUGGGCAACCUGGUGACAAACAUGACUGACAUGGAGGAGAAGGUGCAGUACCAGAGCGAGGAGCGAAUCCGAGACCUUCACGAGAUUGUGGAGAACUGCCACACCAGGAUCUCCCGCAUGGAGCACCAGCAAGCCCAGCAGCAGCAGCAGUACCUCACCCUGGAGGGCCUCGAGAACAGCAACGCCCGGGCUGUGUUUGUCAAGCUCAUCAAUGUGCUCCUCACUGUCCUGCAGGUGCUGCUGCUGGUGGUGGCGACAGUGGCCAACAUCCUGACGCCGCUGCUGCAGACGCGUUCCCGUCUCAUAGCCACCAUCACCAUCGUUCUCCUGGUGGUGUUCGUCUACAUACAGCUGCCUGAGCUGAGGGAGAUAUGGCUGGGCGCCGUGGAGCGCUACCGUCAGCUCUUCUCCUUCGUGUAGGAUGGCCGUGCCGUACCCUGGCCAAGCUGACAGGCAGGGCGCCAGCUUCCUCUGCUGCACCAGGUCCUGCUGGGAAGUUAGAGGAAGUUCUGAGUGAGUUCAUUCACUCAGCUUUCUCUCCACAGUAGUUUAGUUGAACCAUCACAAGCAAGAGAGUCAUAUUGACUCCCUCGCUCAAAUGUUUUUAGAGGACUUAAGUGACUUAAGUCUGCUGCUGUGAACUGUACUAGGAUCAGCACAAGGAAACCGCACCGUUUUUAAAGUGGAUGUGUCGAGCAUCACCGUAGACUUUGUGGAAUAGUCUUGAUGAAUUACAGAACAGUGGUCAUGAGGUGAACAGUGUUCUUCAGUUGUGGCAGUGACAGUUGCCAGUGACAGAACGCCCCGUGACGGGCGGUGACAGAGUGGGAGCGAGUGUGUCGGCUCCUUGAGUGGCCUGGACAACUGGACAACACUGUGGUGACGUGAUGGAGGGUUGGGGCAGGGCUUAUGUGAUAGUUCAUACCAAAGUUGGGAACAGCUUGUGCAUUCCCUUUACUCUCUUCCUCUCCUCUCUCUUCUGCUCAGGCCAUCGGGUGUAGCCUUGCGGUACUCACAGACCGGCAGGGCAGGUGUUUGCAGGAGGCAUCUCUGUUGUCACCCUGGCACAAAACCACUCGCUGCAACAUGCCAUAGAUCAGCCCAACAUCUUGCUUCUAUGGGAUGCACAUCAGACCUUGGAAUCACAUGUUCCUGCCAAUAGUUUGUAACAAUAAGGGCCCCGUUUUGCCAGGGCUGACCACAGAGACGUCACCCACAGCCACCCUUCCACCCUGCCACCCUGCCAACACUACAGACUUGCUCCCCAGCUCUCUAUUCCUUCCCUUCACCCUCUAUCUCUGACCCCAAGCCACCUCCAUCAGGCAUUAUUAUUAUUAUUAUUAUUAUUAUUAUUAUUAUUAUUAUUAUUAUUAUUAUUAUUAUUAUUAUUAUUAUUAUACCACUUUUCUGUACUUCAUCACUGUACAUUUUCUAAUUUGUUGUAUGAUGAUGAUGAUAAUGAGUUAUUAAGAUGUUGUUUGGGAAUUUGGUGCUUGUGUGAGAGCAAGACACUCACCAUGAUACUCACACUGGCUUCUCAGUGUAGUGUGUGUGUGUGUGUGUGUGUGUGUGUGUGUGUGUGUGUGUGUGUGUGUGUGUGAGAGAGAGUGUGAGUGGAAGAGUGAGGGAGAGUGAGUCAGGAUGUUGAUGGUGUUGUCUUUGAAGAGUGAUCCACAUUGUUCACAUCUUGGACUGCUUUUAACGACUGUCUUGUUUCCAAAAUUUCCAUUACAACAAGAGUAGCAUCAACACGUGUUUUUCAUUGAGUGGUGCGCCCUGUGACGUCCUCAAAUCAUUAGUCUCUCAAGGAGUUUAUUCAAACAUUUGACAUGGGUCAGUGAGUUCAUCAGGAAUAGCCUAUGAAAUUUAAGGAUGGAUUUCCUAUAGCAAUAAUUUAAAGUUUAAGGUAAGAAGCUGCAAAUUGAUAUUCAAAUAGUAAAGCAAAAUAUGAAAACCCAAACUCUAAAGCAAUAUUCCAAAAAUUAAGGUGUUAAAAGUAUAUUUUAAACUGGUAGAGAGGUAAAGUCUAAGGCACCUGAACUCCUGUUGUUCUUGUGUUCUCUUCAAAAGGAAGGAAAAUACUGCACAUCAUUUGAGGCAUUGUAUGGUUACACACUCCAGCAACUUUUGGAACGAGAAGCUUAUAGAAGUAGAGUUGCCUUGUACUUACAUCCACUCAUGUACCACCUUGUGUUUGGCCCACUGCUUAGACCCUAAGAUCCAUAUUCAUGCCUGUUCCUAACUGUGACAGAAGCAAUGCAGACACUGCUGCACUGUAACUGGAUGCUGCAGUCCACCUGAUGCCUGGCAGUGCUGUGAAGGGAACAGGUUCAUCUUCACAGCAGUGGUGGUGGUGGUGGUAGUGCAAGUGUUUGUCCCAUCCCGGCCAGUGCAGAUAUUACAGGCACUCUCUCUCCCUCCAUCCAUGAGCCAAGGUAUUACUGAGGCGCUGGUCUGCUGCCUCACAAGGGACAAGAGGAGCGCCCUACUGCCCCACGCACCAGCCUCCACCACCAACACCACCACUACCCUCCCUCAGGAUCACACCUCCACAUCCUGGGGCCGGUGGUGUGUGGGCAUGUAGGACAGCCUGUGUCAGGUGUGGGGCUGAUUGCGCGUGUGCAUUGCAGUCGCUGUUAUGAACUCCAUUGAGUACGGGUGUGUGUCGUGUGUGGGAAGCCGGCCGAGGCUUGGGCCGGCAGUUAACGUCUUAUUAUAUGUUUUCAUAGAUUAUAAUACUGUAGGGAGGAGCAUAGUAAUGUGCGAGAAUAAAGACUGUGUGGGCCUCACUGGCAGUUUAUAGCCAAGCCUUCAGUAUUGAGGCUCUUUGUAUUUAUUGUAUUGUCACCCUGUGUACAUUUAUAACAUUGUGGGUCUGUUGGUUGACUCCAUUAUUACUAUGAAGUUUUGGGGCCAGUUUGGUAUUAUAUUAAUAUGCGCCACUUGAAGUCUCAAGUAUUAGAGCAGCAUUAGGCCCCAGUGUGACACUUGAGUAUAUUCCCAUGUCCUGCAGAUGCCUAAAUCUUAGCAUAACGUAGAGACACAUUGGCUGUUGGAUCAGUUCAGAUAGGAAUUCCAUUUUCCACAAGUUUUUUUUGGGGUGAGGUUACCAAUGGUUGCCUAUUCUUGGUUACAUUAAGGGAAUUCUUGCUUUUUUUUCUAGUUGACUCUGUUUGGGGGAAGCAGGGUGUGGCAGGAGGAGGGUGAGCAUGGCUCCCCUUGCUCCGCCCCGUCCCGCCUUGCCCGCCCCGCCCUCGGCCACUGGUGUAAUGCAUUACGUUUGAGAUCUGACACAUCUGUAAAGUUUUAUUUUCAAAGUGUGCAACUUUUGAGAAAUUUGAAGCAUAUUAUAUAUUAAUUUUAAAGAUUUUUUCCUAGGAAAUUUAUAGUAAAGAAGAAGACACUC